AUGGGGCCGCCAGGUGAAACCUUCAAGAGGCCCACCAACGGCUUCAACAGCUGGCACUCCCUUGCGUCGGUUGCCGUCAUGAGAAGCGAGGUAGUGACAGCCCAACUACGUAAGAAUAGGAAUCGACGACAAGAGCUUCAGUACGACCCAUAUGCAGUAGCGAUAAAGGAAGGCCAGGCGUUAGAAGAGCUAAAGGCCACGCUCGAGACCCAGGUCCAACAACGUCUCAAGCGAUAUGCCACCCUGUCCUGCCGCAAUCUCUGCUCCAGAAUGACAUUUCGACUUCCACGAGAGCUGCGAGAUGCUGUAUAUCAAAUCAUCCUCGAUCCACCGACCGUACAUAUCCAUCAACGAGACUACAUCAUAAUCCGCGGACAAUACUUUUCGACGCGAUAUUUCCCGAAUUCAGGUAGUCCGGUAUCCGAUUACCUAGGCCGUCAAUACUAUUGGAACGUCGAAUAUGUGGGACCACGCAUGCAAAAAGAGCUCGCUGAGACUUGGUAUCGCACCGCGACAUUCGGGCUUGGCUUCGAUCGGUACCUCCUCGAGGAAUUCCUCACCAAGGACCGAUGGGGAUUAGGUAUAGUUCCAAAGCAGCUGAUUACUUCCCUGGUCGCAGACGUCGACAUGAUAGAGUCGCAUGCACGGGGCUAUACCGUCGAUAGCAUGAUCAAGCGCCUGCGGCUCUUACUGGGAUGCGAGAGAGGAGUCAAGCUCUCCGUUACCAUUCACAACGCGCACUCGAGCCAGAACCGGCAGGCAGCGCUUCACGAGGUACAUUCGGCUUUGCGGACAGUGUAUGCGACUUUGGAGCCUUUCGCCGCUUCCGGAUCCCGCGUGAAGGUGAUCCCGAUCGGUUGGAGGGAGCUCAGCUUGGAAGACGCAGGAGUACCCAACCAGGACUUUGUCAUGAAAUAUGCGGAGGAUUUCUCCAAGUAUUGGAGCAGGGUACACGGCGUCUACUUUUGGAACCGGGAGUCAGGAAGCGAGGACAGCUGGAACAACACUUCCGAAAUGGCCACCUGGAGCACCGACUCCUCUGGAAAAGUAUGCCCCGGUGCGAUGUUCUACCGAACGCCUGAGGUGAUCGACAGGGCCACCUACUAG